CCACCUAUAUAAAAUCCUUGAAUCCCACCACUCCUCUCCCCCUCCACCUAUCACUCCUCCGCCACCGGAAACAAAAAAAUGGGUGGUUUUCACCUAAAAAACAUCACAUUCACAAUCAUCAUAGUGCUUCUAAUGUGGUGCUCCGCCGUCGAGUUUUGCAAUGCCAAAAGAGUAGGCAAGCAUUGGCGGCGGAGUCGAAACUCCGCCGCGUCGCUCUCCAAGAAGAAGAGCAAAGGCCACCGCUCCGGCCACCACAGCAGCCGUUCCGGCAAGCAGAAACCGAAGAUCCCGCAGCCGCCAAUUCCGCCGCCGAAGCAAGGUGGUUCAACAGUGUUUAAUGUGCUGAAUUUUGGAGCUAAAGGUGAUGGGAAAUCAGAUGAUACUAAGGCAUUUCAAGCUGCCUGGGCUGCUGCUUGUAAAAUUGAAGCUUCAACCAUUAAUGUCCCAGCAAAAUACGUCUUCUUGGUGGGGCCCAUCUCGUUUUCCGGUCCAUACUGCCAACACGACAUUGUUUUUCAGUUAGAUGGCACGAUUGUGGCCCCCACAGGCUCGAGCCACUGGGGUUCAGGGCUUCUCCAAUGGCUCGAGUUCACUAAGCUGGUUGGGCUCACGAUCAAGGGAAGCGGCACGAUCGAUGGAAACGGCGCCGUUUGGUGGAAGAGUGUGCCGUAUGAUAAUGAUCCCUUUGAUGAUCAAGCUAAAUUGAUCUUCCCGACUAACCUCACAUUUGGACAAAAGCCUCCAGCUCCUGUGAGAAGCUCACUUGGUGGGAAAAUGCCAAGCAUCAAACCAACUGCACUUAGAUUCUAUGGGAGUUUCAAUGUGACGGUAACUGGCAUAACGAUCCAAAACAGCCCUCAGUGCCAUCUGAAGUUUGACAACUGCAUUGGAGUCAUGGUGUACAACUUCAGCGUCUCCUCGCCUGCAGACAGCCCCAAUACCGAUGGCAUUCAUCUGCAGAACUCCAAAGACGUCCUGAUCCGUAGCUCCAGUCUUGCUUGUGGGGAUGACUGUGUCUCUAUACAAACUGGAUGCACCAAUGUAUACAUACACAAUAUUAACUGUGGGCCAGGGCACGGGAUCAGCAUCGGAGGGCUAGGGAAAGACAACACCAAAGCUUGUGUGUCGAACAUCACUGUCAGAGAUGUUAUGAUGCACAACACGAUGAAUGGUGUCCGGAUCAAGACAUGGCAGGGCGGGUCGGGGUCAGUCCAAGGCGUGCAGUUCUCAAACAUCCAAGUCUCCGAGGUGCAGUUGCCUAUAGUCAUCGACCAAUUCUACUGCGACAAGAGCACCUGCAAGAACCAGUCCUCUGCAGUGGCUCUGUCCGGGAUCAACUAUGAGAACAUACGUGGGACCUACACAGUUAAGCCAGUGCACCUUGCCUGCAGCGACCACAUGCCCUGCACGGACGUGACCCUAACGAACAUCCAGCUGAGGGCACAGCCGGAGCGCUACAACAUGUAUAACCCCUUCUGCUGGCAGACUUUUGGGCAGCUCUUCUCUCCGAUGAUUCCUCCGGUUGAGUGCCUACAAGUGGGGAAGCCGUCGAGCAACAAGAUUCAAGGGGAUCAUGAUUCUUGCUAGGUAUAUUGAUCAAGACAUUUUGACGAUAUUUGUUGCUAUUUGUGUAUAUAGUGAUGAAGUUACUAUAUAUUUAUGCGGUGUAUUCUUUUGUGUGGUCGGCGUGGUUUGGGCUGGCCCCUUUCGCACCA